GCAGCCCGGGCUGAGGGGCAGCGGAGGGUCGGUCACCUCCUCCAGCAGCAGCGCCGUGCGCGUGCGCGCGCGGGCCGGCGUGGAGGGACAGCAGUGUGAGAAGCGCGUGCGCGUGUUUCCAUGGAGUCCGUGCGGCAGCUGGAUUACCUCUUUGUCUGCGGUGAUGAAUGAGAGGAAGAGGAGGUGGUGCGUUCAGGUGUCACGGUGCUUCCCGGUUCACAGGCAGCAGCUGAACUCACCUGAGCUCCGGUCACGUGACAAACACCUGCUCAGGUAACCCAUGGCAACAGAUCCAACAGGAUCACCUGACCAGAUCCCCGUCGAUCAGCUGAGUCUGAACUUCCUCCUCUGAUUGGUCAGCAAGACUUUCACCUGCUAGACUGGGAUUAAACUGGGAUUGAGCAACAGGAGAACUUCCUGUUCUGUUUUAGUAAAACCAGAUUAGAUGUUCAGAUUGAGGAUUUAAGGCACUUGAACAGGUUACUGGACCUGGACCUGGUUCUGGUUCUGUUCGACCGGGCAGGUUUUUCCUUUGUGCCGUUGCCAUGGUUACCAGUGUGUUGACCUGGCCCGGAUCGGUUCUGAUGGAGCAGAAACAUUUUGGAUCAUCAGAACCAUCUGCAGUGACGGAGGUUCUGCUGCCUGAUCAGAACCGGGUCAGUUUGGGUUCUGAAAUGGAAACAUGUCGCUGACAGAACCAGUGGUUCUGAUCCGAACAGCCGUCAUCAGGACUACAGAUCUCUGAUCUAAAAAACUACAACUCCCAGCAGGAAGUGCUGAGAGCAGACCGGGUUCUACCGCUGGUUCUGAUCUGGUCCGGUCUGGUUCCGGUACCAGGGGAAGUCGAUGGUUCUCUGGUUCUCCUCCAGAACAUUAAUGAUGCCGGGUCGGUUCUGGUUCUGAAAGCACCUCAGAAGAACCAGACCAGAACUGAGUUGGACAGAACCACGGAGCUAAAGAGGUCCCAGCGCCGACCCGCUGGACCAACUGGACCAACUGGACCCGCUCUCACCAGCACCUCCUGCAGGCGGACCGGUUCUGAUGGUCCAAAUGGGUCGCAGGUCCAGAGGAGCGGAUCCAUAACUCCAGAUCCUUCCCGGAUCCGGCUCAGGUCCAUCUGACCCCUGACCCCGCCCCCUCCCCUCUGAUGAAGUCAUGAGUCGUUCAUGAAUGAGCCAAUCAGAGGCAGGCGAGUUCGUGCUGGUCCCGUUCGUGUGGUGACCUUUGACCUCCUUAUCUCUGGGCGAGAGACACAGAGAGAGAAAGUGGAACAGGAAGAGACGGAAUCGACACGACGGCCGAAUACACACCGACACACACCGAGGGGAGACUUCUCCAGAGAGCCUGUUGUCCGUCUCAGCAGCGAGGGGAAAAGGAACGCUGCUCCUCCUGACAUCCGGAACGUCGACUCAAAGCUCGUCUGUUCAGCUCAGUGGCCAUGUCUAAAGCCACGGUCAAGAAGCUCCACUGGCGCUCCAAGGUCCAGGAGAGCUUCGUUCCGCUGGGCGCCGGCGCCGGCUCCGGAGAGCUGGGUCUGGCCGUCGGAGGCGGAGCUGAUUAUGGGGAGUUUCCCUUUGUCACCGCCGCCCCUGGGGGCGGGGCCACGGUGGGUGACAUCAUCCUGGAGAUCGGGGGGACGCCAGUGUUGGGGAUGACGCUGGGCGAUGUCCGAGGAGUCCUGAACUCCUGUCCUCAUCCAAUCAGAAUCAAGACUGUGUUCCCAGGUUCCUCUCUGUGUAAAGACCUCAGGUUGUACCUCAGCAAGUGUUUCACUCCGGGUUCCAUGGACAGUCAGCUGCAGCAGCUCAUCAGGGAGAACUUGUACCUGCGCGCUGUGCCGUGUACGACCCGGCAGCCGCGGGACGGCGAGAUCUCAGGUGUGGACUACAACUUUGUGUCCAUCGAGGAGUUCUUCUCUCUGGAGGAGUCCGGAGCACUUCUGGAGAGCGGCAAGUUCAAAGGGAACUAUUAUGGAACGCCUCGCCCCGUCCACAUUGGACCAGAGAGCCCUCCAAUCACGUACCAGGAACAUCGCAACCUGCUGAGGAACUUCCGGACCCGGAGCAAGUCUCUGAGCAACCUGGAGAAAGCCGUGGAGGAAGGAGACAACAGCGAGGAUGAUGGCGCGCCGUCAAGUAGGGCGCCGCCAAGCUCCGCCUACCGCCGUAGGCCAGGUCGGGUCGUAACCGGGCCGCUCUCCGCAGGCUCGGCCCCGCCCACGGCGCUGCCGCUCAGCCAAUCGUGGGACUCGACAGUCGGGAGUCGGGAGGGAAUGGAGAAUGGAGCCGGAGGAAGAGGAAGAGGAGGAGCUCCACUUCCUGAGAACUGGGAGCUGGCCUACAGCGACUCAGGAGAGCCAUACUACAUCAAUCACGUCUCAAAGACGACCAGUUGGGUGGAUCCUCGAACGCAGAGCAAAGAGUCGACGUCCGCCACAGAACUUCCAGAGUUCACGGACCAGCCGAGCCUUCUGAGAGGUUACUCCAUCCACACCCGGCUCUCCAAAGGUCCUCGAGGUUUCGGCUUCAACAUCGUCGGAGGAAGUCGCCCUCAGGAGUUUCUGCAGGUGUACAGUGUCACACCUGGAGGACCGCCCACUCUCAGUACAGCGGACAUCUUGGUCUACAUCAAUGACUGCUGUGUGCUGGGCCGCUCCCACAAGGAGGUGGUGGAGAUGCUGAAGGCGGUGCCGAUGGGUCAGAGCGUGGAUGUGGUUCUGAGGAGAGGAUACCCCAUGCUCUACAACCCGGACGGCUGUCCCAAACAGAACCUGGAGCCUCAGACUCCCAGCGAUUCCUCCAGCCAGAGCAGAGGCCUGACGCAGCUCACCUUCAGCCGGACGCUGGACGCCAACGGCAGCACGGCAGGUCCAGCACGAACCCCGCCCUCUUAUGCCACUCAGCCAAUGACAAAUGGCCUGGCUGGACCUCCGACCCCCACGUCCUCGGAGGCGUCGCAGGUCCCCCCUCCCUCCGCAGACAGGACUCCACCCAGUCACAGCGACUCUGAUGGCGGUCAAUCAAACAGUGGAACUCGAAGGUCUUCUCUGAUUCGCUACAACAGCAGCACGCUCCCUGCCCUCUCCUCUUCCUCACUCCUCCUGCACCAGAGCUCCAAGUCUUCAGAGAGCGACCUGUCCACAUCCACUCUCCCCAACAUCUCCUCGUCCUCCCACGUGUUGUCCAAGCUGCCCCUCACCCAAAUUGAUUUGGGUCUUCUCCAGGACUUCAGCACUAGCAGCAGCGACCCCGCCUCCUCCUCCGCUCCUCCUUCUGCUCCCGCUCAGCGCCAACAGAAGCCUCAGACUUCCCUCGCUGCGCCGCCGCCCAGAGACGUUCCCCCCUGCGGCUUCAACGGCUGUCCGGCGAACCACGCGCUGACCCCGUCGUCCUCCAGGGGGCCCGCGGGUCUGGUGCUGCCUCUGGGGUCGGAGGGGUCACCGCUUCGAGGUGAACUGGUCCCGGUGGCUCUGGGUCACAGCGAGAGCGGUGGCCUGGGGUUCAGCGUGACGGCGGGAGGUCAGGGAGGCCAGCAGGCGGUGGUGAGGCGGGUUUGGGACCGGAGGCAGUGUCCCUCACUGCAGGCCGGAGACUUGGUGAUGAAGAUCAACGGAGCCGACGUGCAGAGCCUCAGCUUCACUCAGGUGCAGAGAGUCCUGCAGGAACACACCAAGCAGGGGGAGGUGGUGCUGCUUGUGCAGCGAGGAGGAGGUCCCAUCUCCUCUCCUCUCGUGACCCCUAACCUCUACAAGCCUCUCUGCUCCCCUCACGUCCUGACCACGCCCUCCUCUCCCCCCUCCGCUGACCUGCCGUCCACUGAUCCCCCCCUGGGUGGAGUGCCUCCUCUCAGCCAGGCCGGUUUGGGCCUGGAGGCGCCUGCAGGGACCCACCAAGGUUCUCCUGCUCAGACCGCCAUCGGCCCGCCUGUCUCCUCCCUCAUCCAGAGCACCAGCUUCCUGGACUCGGUUCCCGUGACGUUGACCUUGGAGCCCCGUGACCUGCAGGGCGUGGAGGACGGCGGCGGUCCUGUCCGGGGCGGAGGAGCCAAAGAUGGAAGAGGCGGAGCCAAGAUGGUGGAAGUGGAGCUGAGGAGGCGGCCGGGCGAAGGCUUCGGGUUCGUCAUCGCCUCCCAGGAAGUGAGCGGAGCGUCCUCCCUGAUGUCACACCGCUUCGUCACGGUGCGGCGCGGCAGCCCGGCGGCGCGCAGCGGCCAGAUCCGACCCGGAGACCGGCUGGAGGCGGUGGAGGGAAGACCGGUCGCCGCGCUGCAGCACCGGGACCUGGCCCAGAUCCUGAGGAGGGCCGGGAACACGCUGAGGCUGAGCGUGGCCCCCAAGUCGUCCUCCGACGGCACCGACUUCGACACGGACAGACGGCUGGUCAAAGGGCCCAGAGGGAGGUCAAAGGACGAGACCCGGUUCUACAGCGUGGAUCUGGAGCGAGGGCCCACCGGCUUCGGCUUCUCUCUGCGGGGCGGCAGCGAGUACAACAUGGGGCUGUACGUGCUGGGGCUGAUGGACGGGGGGCCGGCGCAGAGGAGCUCCAAGAUACAGGUGUCGGACCAGCUGGUGGAGAUCAACUGCGGCAGCACGGCGGGAAUGACCCACAGUCAGGCGGUGGAGCAGAUCCGCAGAGGAGGAAACCGGAUCCACCUGGUUCUGAAGAAAGGCAACGGAUAUGUCCCAGAUUACGGCCGUGAGGAAGGAGCCCCCACCUCCUCUUCCUCCUCACAGGAGCAGGAGUCCGUCACCAUGGCAACAGCUUCCCUUGGCAGGUGGAGGAGAGGAGGCGGUGGGGGGAGGAGGACUGGAGUUGCAGGAGCUCCUGACCUGGACCUGGACCUGGUGGAGGAGGAGGCUGAGGAGGAGAGGAGGAAGAUGAGGCGGAGAAGGGAAGAAGAGGAGGAGAUGAAGAGUCAGGUGGUAAGAGAGGGGAGGAGGAGCAGGAGCUUCCCCCGUGACUCCCUGCUGCCAGAGGAGGUGCUGAGGGGGCGGAGCCACACCGUCAGCCACGCAAAGCAUCAUAGGAGCUCCGCUGCAGCUCCGCAGGCGGCGUUCUCCUUCCUCAGGCCCAUGAGCGAUGACGGGCCUCUGUCUGACAGCCAAUUGCCAGCCAGCUUCUUGGAGGUCAGCCAAUCAGCAGCCAGCAUGGUUCCUACGGAGCGAUCUGACUGGAGGAGGGAGCCGGGGAGUGGGCGGGAUCUCUGGCUGAAACCGAGCUCACGACGGCUGACCCAGGUUCUGAUUGGCUGCAGUCAGAGUGGGCGGGACUUAGCAGACGGGCUUUCUCUCUGAUUGGCCAGCAGUGAUGUUUAUGCUUCAUAAGGGCUUCUGUGAUUGGCCGCUGAGAGAAGCCCCGCCUCCUGCUGAUGGAGCCACACCUCAUUAUCCAUCAUGCCUCAUUCUCAAUACUCUGACUACACGUCUCCGCCUUGUACUGUGGUUACCGUGGCAACUGGGCCUGCUGCAUGUUUGGUUGAAGUUCCUCCAGUCUGUAUGCAAAUGGCGGCGCCCCCUGGUGGCCGUAUGUCAGCAUGUGAAUACAACCGGAAUGAUUUUUUAUUUUUGUAACGUGUAAAUGAUCCUGACAUGAUUAUUGAUAUCUGAUAUAUUAUUGAUAUGAUUAGAGAUGAAAAGAAUCUGCUUGCUUGUAAAGAGAAACUAAUGAUUUAACAGAGCCAUAACCACACACACACACACACACACACACACUGAUGUCAGGUCCAGCUGUUCUCCAGCGUCACCAUAGCAACCAUAGCGACAGGAUGACGUGCAGCUCCGGAUCAGAACAAGUGCCUCGUUUGUUUCCUGUCUUCUGUCCGCCAUGCUCCUCCAUGAUGCCCACUGGCCACGCCCACUCACACACACACUCACUCACACACACACACAGCUUUUCUAUCAAAUAAAGUCCAAGGAAACAUUC